GACCGACCAGUCCCAACUCGGCAAAAUGUCAAUAACCAUCCAAGAACAACACCAUGGAUAAAUUGAUAAAUAAAAUAAACAGAAUAACCCCCGCUGCUAUUCGGUGCUCUGUUUCCUGUCAUCGCCCUCCAUGUGGCACAGAGAACCGCUUUUUGGAUACACACGCUUUUGACGAGCACCCCGCGCCGUAUUCGCGUCUUCCUAUUGCUUAUGUGCUGGCCACGAUAUCAAACUAAACAAGCCCUGCCUUCAUUUCCGCAACUACGCCCAGUCCAAUCCGUGCCCGACGCCGCAUGGCUGACAGGGGAAUGCUCUAAAGACAGGACGAGAAAAUAGGAAAUAAAUACUGGAACAAAAAGCGAGACUAUUUUUCGAUACUCUUAUAUCAAAUAAUCGCCGUUCAACACUUCUACCUUUAAAUGCGCGUACAACCUGCAAUUCCCCCUCCUGUCAUUAGCUGCCACCCCAGUCUUGCCGUGUCUCACUAAAUAUCUCAUCCCACAUUCUACCGAAAUGCCUCCGCUCUCUCCUAUUUCGCCGCCUCGAAGGCGUGGAAACCCGUCCCACCUAGACCUUUCGUCUGUCUCUUCCAACAAUGCUUUGACACCAAAUGGCCUCGGCCACAGUCCUCUACACUCACCGCUAACCCCGAGAUAUUCCGUUCCACUAUCGCCGAUGAGUCCUCGUCGACGCAGCUCAGGGGCGAUGGAUAAGUCUGCGAGAUUUUCUGCGGAGUUUACUGCCCCGGAGGACUCAGGAGGAGGCGGACUAGGGAAUUUAGCUGACGAACUAGCAGAUGCUUGGGACGAGGACGGUGAAGGCGAAGAAGGAGAAGAAGACUUAUCAGAGUUCCAGGAGGGAAAUGACCACAUGCAAGUACAUGAAGAGGAGGACGAUACGUCUUCUAGGUCAACACAUAAUACCGUGAGUGAUCCAGGGAAUCAACACUCGGGGGACGAGGAGUCAAAUCGCAAUAGUUUGCAGAUUCCGAAGCAGAAAUCAAAAUCAGGACAGUAUCAAAAACACCGUCGGCAUGAACCUUCGUAUGAUGGUUCAGAUUACGGUAAUGACUCGGAUUUUGAGGAGCCUGGUGAUCUUUCUCCUGGAUUAGAGAAGCAAAUGGCGGGGGUUGAAAAUCUUGUUCGAUGGAGCAUGGGAGACAAUCUGCCUUCCGGCAACAUUGUUGACCGAGUUGUCGAAAGCUUGCGGGAUCUAGGCGGCCAGAGCGGGAUUGAAAAUAACGCUACUAGACUGAUUACGGCACAUGCAUCCCUCGCCUCGCAUCUAACCUCCCAAACACGCGCAUUGCAAACCCUCACCCAUCCGCUCCUCUUCUCUCCGUUCCCCACCCUAUCCUCUGAAGCAAUAGAUGACCUCGUCCCCCUGAUCGAUGACAUUCUACCAAACCUCCCGUUCCCCGUGCGGCAAUCCCCACAUAACCAGGAACCCCAAACUUCACAUGACGACCCCCUCCUGUCUCUCCGAGCGCUCCUCUCCCAAACAUCUGAUCUCACCCACGAUCUUCGGGCUCUCAAUGAUACCAUUCACGAAUCCCGCCAGCUUACCUCGGCAGCAGCACGACGGCUGAAAUCCGUACGUGAACUAGUCGCAGAUAUGCGUCGGGAAGAAGAGCAGCGAGAGGAGGGGACAAGAUGGAUUGAAAAGGGAGAGUGGGAUCGGCGAUUACAACAACGAGAAGCCGGGCGGGUGUGCGGAGAUGUGGUGAGCGGGUUUGAAGCUGUAUGUGGAGAAUGGAGGGCCCGACUUUUUGGCGCCGAAGUUGCCGCUGCAUAAUUGAUCUAUAUACUUUUUUGUUCUCUACUCCCCCCUAAUUUUCGAUAUUUGUCUUGGUCUCAACCCUGUUCAGUUCCCUCGUUUUACUAUUUGUUUUUCCGUUGGCCUCGUCCAUUGGCCGUUUCCUUAUAUACGCGCAUAAUGUCCCCUCGCAAUGGUUGCACACAUAGACAUGUUCCCUGGAUCUUUAGAAUUCCCUUGUCGGAGUCCAUACGUUUUGUAUCCUAUUUGUUUCCUUAUAUACAUCCCCCUUUCCUGCGCUCGCCUCACAAUCUACGCAGCGUAUACCCUUAGAAAGGAGCCAAGAACCCUCUUGCAAUAGAAACAAUUCAUUUGACUAUAAUUUUUGGCAAUAGCUCACUCAUAUUACGAUGCAUCCAACAAACAAUGCCCUAUGUGCAUGUAUGUAUGGACAUACAUCUAUCUAUCAUGCAAGCAUAACUACCUUCCACUCCCGCGACACCUUCACCCAGUCGACGAGGAAUACCCAGCCAAGCUGACAACGACGUGCAAUAUUCCCAUCCCACGCGAUCAUCAGCACGUUCACAAUAGGAACCUUGUCUAGUGCGUUGCCAUCAGCGUCAACAUAGUUUUUCAGUCCAAGUUCUUUACUUGAAUACGGCAUAAUUCCUAUUCCAGAUAACGAAAGCGCAAUGAACUCGAACUUGGUGCUCGGUGCUGUGCUGCUUCCGGGCGCUUUCGCUCGUGCGUGUUCUUCUCUGAGUUGCUCCGCAUCCCCGCAGAGCUCCCCGAUUCGUUCUCCUGACGAGUUGGUGAUGUUAAAGGAGUAUGAAGGCUUCGGUUCUAGGUUGAAAAUUGCAGCUUGGGCUUUUGUUGCUAUUAUUCCCGCGAGUUUUGGAUUUAUGCCCUGCGUAAUCGCCCCUGGCAGUGGUAAUUCGCUCAGCUUGAAGGUCGAUGGCAUCACGUCAAUACAGAAGUUGUGAUAAUCUUUCCACCGCUUAUUGAACAUUUCACGGACGGUUACAAAGUUGUCAGUCCUUAGGGAGAAAGGCAGGGACGCGUUUCUUUUGUCUCCCAAACAUCCUUCUAUACAAGCAAUAGCCAUAUACACCUGCCAGUCGUCAUCCGGACCAUGGGAGUCAUGGCAGACAUUGAAAGCCUCGAUGACAGACCCGGAACCAGCUGGGACAGAGGUAGGGCGGCUUAUACUAUACCACGGCACUAAAGUCCCAUAGAAGCCCGUUGCUUGGUAGUGCACUUGAUCUUCAGCCAGGCCCAUAAUUGAUGACCAUGACCAUGUGGGUAAAACCAGACCCUGAGCAGUUUCCAGGCGCGUUAUUGGGUUUUUACCAAUGUUGGCAUACCAUAAUAGAGCACGGUCAAAGUCAACUCGAGGUAACCCAUUUAUCAUCAUCCUCAUCCUCAUCGAAUCAAUAUUCUUGUUAUUAUAUAACGACUUAGAAAUACCAUACAAGGCUUCGUAUGCGUCGGAGCGAAAUGUGAGCUUUCGGGAAGAAUAAUGCCUGAGAUGCCGCGCAAAGGAUCGAAAGGUGGACUCAUCGUCCGAGACAACCAGCCUGCUCGAGAUGAGAUCGUCACGACUUCUUUCGCCAUUGAACAUAUCCUCAUGGCUCAUGGACCGUUCACAUUCGAAGAAUGCCCGCAUAUUUGUGAAAUAGAGCCGUCUUCUCGAAAGAACUGCUUCCUGGUAUGUCCACCCGCGCGUGUCCCACACGUUAAGGGGGUCAUCCUCAACUUCACGAACGAUAUUCGUAAUUCGCAAACCAAGUAUGUCUUCGCUAUGCUGGACUGCCUUUCUCUUCACACGGCUAACACCGGGGAUCCCAAAAUCCAUGCUGUCGCCGUAGGCGGCUAUAAGCACUAUCUGCGCAGAGGAGAAAAUAUCGUCCAUUGCCUCGAUCUGGGCUUCCUUAUCCCCUACGUCAUCCUGGAUUAUGCAAAGCCGGUCUACCCACAGGUACCUCUGGCCCAUUUGAAGGCAGACUGUGAUUGCAUCUUCAAUGGUCCUCGGCAUUGUUGAUGAAGGGAGGCCUCCAUCUUUCUUCAUUCCAUCAACCGUUGCACAUGUGGCUGCGAGCAGGGACGAUGGUUUUGCGCCCCAUACAUAGCUGAGCCCAACGAAACGACGAAUAUCGCUUCGUUCAACAAGGCAUCGUCUAAUAACGUCGAUGACUCGAAAGCCCUUGGGUAACGAGGAGCCUUGCGCAGCGGUGACAUGCUGUUGGCAUUCGCUAUGUGUGCUAUAGCAUUCGUUUAUUUUGUCCUCCAAACGAGGCCAGAAUAAUACCUCUCCCACACGUGGGAUGUGCGAGCCGCCUUUGCUCUUGAUUAGCAAAGAAGUCUGCUACCAUUUAUCCAUAUAUUAGGCUUACCUUCUCUAAUCUCAUCGAUGUGAACAUCGCCAACCCAAAUAUUCGACACUCCAUCUCCAUCGGAAUAACUGACGUAAAUAUCCGCCGAAGGAACCCCUGAUACCCCAGACUGCGAGUCAUCGCUUUGGGGAGGCCCAAGGUAGAGGACAAUAUCAUAGUUUCUCGCCCCUUUCACUUCUGCUAUCCGCGUAGAACUAAGCCCAACCGCAACCAUAUGUUUCAUGAAAGCACACAGUGAACAUUCCCUUUUUCUCUUCCUUGAGACGAUAUUAUUAUUGCUACCAUGGCGUUCUUCCUCCAGCAACCCUCUACGCAGAGGAAACAAAAACCUAGAACGAAUAUUGGGUUUGAUGCAAUUUACGAGAUGUCUUAAUCGUAUGUGGCUGCAGAAAUCACAUAUAUCCAAAUCUUGUGCUUCCUUGUCCCGAGGGUUGGUGGGGAGAGAGCAAGUGGAGGAGCAUGGCUGGUGAAAUAGUUCAUAGCGUUCUUGGGGCGUUGGCUCAGAGUCGUUCUGCGUGUAGUAGAAUAAAGAAGACUGACAGAGAUGGCAUUGCUCAUCCAUUAAUUAUUCUGUGGAGGGGGGUGUAUCUAUAUACUUUCCAGGAACAGACAAACAAAUGGUUAUAUUAUAUUGAGGGGCGUGGAAAAUCUUCAAGAACAAAACCGUAACUAUGUUAUUAUUAUUUAACGGUUCUGCAGUUAUCCGUAAACCCUGGCCAAUUGUCGUUAAGCUCCCUUACAUGAUCUAAUCCGUCAACUACGCUACGCCCCGUGUAUUUAUAUUUUCUCAAACCACCUACAAGACAGACGAACGAACGUGAAGAAUUGGGAAGUAUAAGAAAAAUUAGAGAAACAAACCAUUUACUGUGUAGGACCGUUAAAAUAGAGCCAAAUUUUCAAUGGUCAAUUACAGCCUACAAAUAUAAUACUGGAUUUGAAUUAACGAAUGGAGAGAGAAGGACAUAAAACAGAUGGCUACCGCUGCAGUUAGAGAGAUAGGGAAAGAAAAAAGACAACGAGAAUUAAAGAAAUCAAAAUCACAGGAGAUAUCCAGCACCAGUGAUUGGAGAUAAACAAGCAAAACGACAGAACGACAGAGAAGGAAACACGUAAAAAAUAAUAACUCAGGACAAAAA